UACACAGCGGAAGACACCACUUCCUCACACAGACUCGACACACACACUCCUCCGACUGCCGACGCAGGUAAACACACACUGCAUGUCUGCGUCCCUCCGUCCUCUGGUGCGGGAUGGAGGCGUUCAGCUCCAAGGACAUGGCCAUGAAGGCCCAGAAGAAGAUCCUCAGUCACAUGGCCAGCAAGUCCAUGGCUCACAUGUUCAUCGACGACAACAGCAGCGAGGUUCUGGACGAGCUGUACCGCGUCUCCAAAGAGCACUCGGGGAACCGCGCCGAGGCCCAGAAGGUGGUGAAGAACAUGAUCAAGAUCGCCGUGAAGGUGGGAGUUCUGUUCCGACACGAGAAGUUCAGCGCGGAUGAGCUGAGUCUGGCGCAGGACUUCAGGAAGAAGCUGCAUCACGGAGCCAUGACGGCCAUCAGCUUCCAGGAGGUGGAGUACACGUUCGAUAAGAGCGUCAUGAUGGAGCUGCUGACGGACUGUCGGGAUUUAAUGCUGAAGCUGGUGGAGAAACACCUGACGCCCAAGUCUCUGGAUCGCAUCCGGCACGUGUUCAACCAUUACGCGGAUCCGGAACUGCUCACACACCUGUACGACCCGCAGGGGACGCUGUGGAGCAACCUGAGCAAGAUCUGCAGCGGCCUGAACCGCAUGAUCGAGGAGGGCAAGCUCUGAGCGCGGGACGGAGACACGCUCGCGUCUGAUUGGCUGAUCCGCUUCAUCCCCGGGUCAAAGGGAGAUUUAAAGGGACAGUUCGCCCAAAAAUGACUUUCUUCUGUGGAACGCUAAAGAAAUUUAGUUUGGAUCCCAAC